AGCUGGCAACAUCACUCAGAUUUCAUUUGUUAAACGCGCUGGAAGAGAACUUGCAAAUUUAUUAUUUUAGCCAGAAGCCGUAAAGUAAUUUUGAAUAUUUCGAAACCAUCAUAUAGAAUUAACUGGUUGACUUUUGAAUUGUAGCAGUGAAAUAAAUAAUUGAAUAAUUUUAAUAUAAGUGCUUCUUUCUAACAGGAGCAAGAUUGCAAAUCAAAAUUUUACCUGCAACGCAUGUACACACACCUAAACAGCACGUACCAUUCAUUCAGAUCGUAAGCCGUAUCCGGAGCAGCUGCAUAUUAAGUCGGCAAGAGAAAAUCUCUUGUCUUCUUUGCGCCUGUUCCUCACUAAGCAAGGGUCUCUACAUACUCAACAACAGUAAAAUAAAUUUUUAAACUCCAAUUUCAACCUCGUGCAACAACUAUACCGGUGCGAAGAGUUGCAGCUGUAAAAGCCGGGUAGUUACACAUUUAUUAUACAUACAAACACCUAUAUACCGGCCUUGUUGUUUGCUCUGAGACGCCUGCUGUCUGCAAACUGAACGUCUGCAGUGCAUAAUCGUCAAGGUUUUCGUAAUUCAACGAUUCUGUUCAGUCUGAGAGCGCACAUCCAGCAGUCAUCAACGCACCGCAUCACCAGCACGGAACGUAACCAUUAAAAUUUGUAAAAUAAUUACUUGUCUGUUGGUAUUACCACUCGUGCCAAUAAUUGUGGUCUUAGCCAGUCUAGAUUCCAACUUGUAACAUCAUUUAGAACGAGUCUCCACUUAUUACUGGAGUUUUCGUCCCACUGAGCUCCUAUUGCAUUGCACGUCUGUCGUUUGCCAUCCACACAUCGCUUUUGGUUAAGUUUGGUGUCUGUGCGUGAGUGUGUGCACGUUUGUCUGACUAAACGCGCCCGUAUAAAAUAGUUGUGCCGUGCCUUUUUGUAGUCGUCGCGAUCUGUGUCGUCGUGUCCAUUGUCGGUUCCCGUACCCGUACCUAUAUUCAGUCGGUAGUGUCGGUAUCAUUACUGCAGUCGUGUAUCUCUGGUCUACGGAAUUCUCUGUGUCGUAUAUUCGUUUUGCAAAUUUGUUGCUGCUGGUUUUGCCACACAUUUGCAAAAACAAGCAACCUAAAAUACGAAACUCAACUUCGAUCUCCUACGACAAGAGUAACUUCGUCAUUGUGCAGCGAGAAGAGUUGCGAAUAUUUUAAAACGUACAUUGCCGGUUGUGAACUUCGUUCUUGUGUGUCUAUAUCAUCAUCAAUUUCAUUGUGGUGGCAAGAGCGAGCUAACCAGUGCCACAUUAACAUUUACAGCGACAGCAGGAAGACGACAUAUUGCGAAAUUUAAAUAUAUAUUUUCGAUCAUAUUGAAAAAGAGGAAGCUAGAGUUAACUAGACGCCUACCUAGCAAAAAUUUUCAUACGGUGAAUCUCAGACAAAUUCAUUACAUUCCCGUUUUUAUUGUUACAUUUAAAUAAAUGGUUAAUAUGGAAAACGCCGAAGAAGUAAUGCAAAUUCUGGAGCGCUUUACGCGUCUAAAGCAAAAGGAGAUACCCAAGGAGUUGGACGAUUAUUUGCAGUAUGUGGCGAAAACCGGCGAUACGGUAUUUAAAUGGGCGAGCCUGAAAUAUUUAUUCCGGGAGAAAUUGCUCAAUGUGAUUAAACAUUUCCAUGAUACGUCGCCGCGUGUUGAUGAGAUUCCUCAAUAUCCGAACGUUGAUCCUUUUAAUUAUGAGAGCAUGAAAUCAUCGCUGUUGGAGCGUCUGGAAUUAUUCAAUGCCGCACCAUUUACCAUUCAGCGCUUGUGUGAGCUUUUGAUUGAUCCGCGUAAACAAUACAGUCGCAUUGAUAAAUUUAUGCGUGCUCUUGAAAAGAACAUUUUAGUAGUGAGCACCAUCGAACCCGGUCGUAAACGCACUGAGAGCGAGAACGGCGAUUCACUGGACUCAGUUGUCAACGGUGAUCUGUCGCUGGAUGUCAACGUCGAUAUCGAUAUGGAGAAUGAAUCUUUGUUCAAUAUGGAGGCACAAAACGGCAAUGGCACUGGCAACGGCAAUGGUACAGCUUCGGCAGCCGAUGGUGGUGCAUCACCGGAGUCUGAGUCGAAAGAAAAGCCCGUUGUGAGCGAGACAGCUACCAAGCACUCUACAACCGAUGAUGACAUUUUGCCGAAUCCGAAAAAGGCAAAGCUGGAUUUGGAUGAGAAAGAUGAAAAUACCGCUGAAAAGACUGAAGAUGAGCAGAGUGGUGUAUCGGUGGAAAAGGAUGACAGCAAAUCUGCAGCUGAUGAAGCUAAGUCGAAAGAAACGGACAAAGGUGAUAGUAAACCAGCAGUAGAGGUGGCUAAGCCGUCCGAGGAUGCAGAAAUGAUAGAAGUUGAUAAUAAAGAAACAAAAUCGAAGGAAAGUAAAGAGGAAUCUAACAAGGAGGAGCAAGUAGAGAAAAAGGAUGUGCUAGACAAAGCGGAUGAGAAACUGUCUGAAAAUAACGAGGAAAAGGAAGUGGUCGCAGAAAGCAAUGACAAGGUAGAAUCUGCUAAGGAGGAAACUGCCAGUUCCACUGAGAAAGUAGCUGCUGAAGAAGUUGACGCUGUUAAAAAAGUAGAAGGAAUUGCUGAGUCGGAAACCGAAUCAAAAACAACUAAAGAAGAAGAAAAAAUCGUUGAAAAACAGGAAAUAGAAAAAGGCGAAAAAGAGAUUGUUGUAGCAGCUGCUGUAGCCACUACCAAGGCGGUUGAAGAAUCCGCUGAGGCCGAGGUCAAGAAAUCAGCCGAGCCUGCAGCUGAAGCGACAGAAGCGGUUGCUAGUGAUGGUGCUAAGGAUAGCGCUAAAAUCGUAGACAAAGUUGAAGAGGAAACGGCGCCUGUCAAAGCCAACGAGGCCGCUGCUGAUUCUAAGGCCGAAGUUUCGACUAGCACACCGGAAAAAGAUGAGGCUGCGCCACAGACAACGGCUGCUGGAGCUGAAGCUGUCGCUGCUGUAGCGAAAGAUUUCGCUGUUGAACCAAAAGCCACAUCUGAAGUGACCGACUCCACUGCCACCCAAACAAAAGAAUCUGAAAAGACUGAGAGCAAUGCAGAAGCCGCUGCCGAAUUGGAAAAACCGGCCGAAGAAAAAGUAGUUGAAGCUGUUACGACCACGUCCAACGAGGCAGAAGCUGUUGCGAUUGAAAAGUCCACGGCUGAUUCCGCUAGUAAAACCGCCGUGGAUGAAGCCGAAACAGUUGCUGCUGCACCAGCUAAAAACGAAACUUCUGCGUCGGACGAAAACAAAGAAGCUGCCGCUGCUGCUACCGCCACCGCAGCUAAGGCCAGCGAAGCUGAAGUUCCAACAACCGCUGAGGCGGUAGAAAGCACAACUGCUGACAGUGUUAACGUUGCCGAAAAAAGCGAUGUUGUCGCCCCAGCUGCAGAUACGACUCCAGCCCCAGACUCGGCCGAAGCUAUUGCUGCCGUUCCUGCUGCCACACCAACAGCCACCCCACUACCUACACCGACAUUAGCCCUCAACGAUCAACCCAUGGACGAUGUGCCGAUUGAAGAGGCCCAACCCGCUGUUAACGAAGUUGUUAUGGCCGAAACAAAUGCUGCCACCGAAAUGGCCACUGACGCAAACGAACCACCAGCACCAUCCAAGGACGAACCAGCUGGCAUGGAAGUGGAUGACACCAGUCAGGAGGCCAUGGAUCAGUAAUUUUGUGGCAGCACGUAACAAACUACACAAUAAUAUUUUCCACACGCAUACAAUACAAAAGAAAAAAUUUUAUUUGUGAAAGACGUCGAUGACGACGACGACGCCGACUACGGCGACAGCGACAGCGCGACGCAAAGCGAUUUCUUCAUACUUAAACACUUUUUGAAUAUGUAGCGUGUUUUUAGGCGCAUAAGCAAAAUUUACAUGAAUAUGUAAACGAAAUUCGUUGUAAGCUAAUUUAAACUAUCAAGAGAACAUAAUAAUUAUAACUUAAAAAGAAAAUACAAAACAAAAGCAAAAAAGAAAGAUAAUGUGGUUGGCAAGCAAGAAAUAUAUAAAAACAAAAUACUUCAUACACACAUAUAUAUACAUAUGCAUAUACUUUAUACAAUAAGCAGUGAUAUGUGCUGUUCCAUUCCAUUUGUCAGAAUAUUUGUAACACCACAUGGACAACGAACAAUACGUAUUGGCUUUUGCAUCAUUUCCUUUUUACGAUUUAAUUUAAAAGAUAUUGAAAUGGUAUUAAUAAAAUCGUGUAUUUUAACAUUUUUUAUUUGUGUAAACAAUGCGAGCCAACAAUAGUAAAUAAAAAAUUUAAAAUUCAAAACUAUAAACAAAUGCUUCUUUUAUCACACAGUGGCGCAAAGAAGGCCGAUUUGGAAUUUUUAUCCUUUUUGUGUUUCUUUUGGUUGAGAAAUUCGCUAGAGAAAGUGUGAGAGAGCGGAAAAUUUUCGUUUUUCAACGUCUGUCGUCAGUGAGGCAGUUACAUAUUUGGAGAAAUGUUCUACGCGCCGAAUAUAUUAGCAUACAUCUUUUGUCCGUUAGCUUUUAAUUUAAUCCCCAGUUGCCACAUCUGUAUCAUUAUACUUGUAUAUUUGUAAUUAUUUUCUAAGGCUGGAGAAGACAUAUUUCUACUUGGCUCAACUGUUUUACAACAAUUUGUGACGAUCGAUCGUCGACAUAUGAAAACGAAGAACAAAGUUUUUUUUUUAUAAUAAACCAAAAUAUUUUAAUUGGACAAAGGUUUAAUUGACACCAUUGACGCGAGUGUUUCCAAUGCCGUACAAUAAGCAAUGAAUUGAGAAUUUCUUUCUCUGCAAUUCUUUAAAACUUAAUUUCGGAAAAUUUGGAAUCAUUGCUGUUUUGUUACCUGAUUAAAAAAUAAAAAAAACUGAAAUAACAUCAAAAAAAUUUUGAGGUUAUGCACCGUUUCUUAUUUUCAAGUAAAUUUAUGCAAAAAUGUUAUGAUUAUUGUUGCUUGAGCAAAAAGCGAUCUUAUAAAUAGAGGGUAUUGAUAAGUCGAUUUUUAUGCAACUAAUCUUACUAAAGCACAUACAAAAUAGUUGCGGAGAAGCGAUGUGCCUGUCAUUAGUGGGAUAUGUUUGUGGUUUCAUAGCCAGUUCUUAGCCGCAUCUGCCACCUGAAGAGGCAUAAUUUGGCAACACAGAUUAGUGUUGAGUUAUUAUUUAUAAAAAAAGAUAUAAAUUACAAACAACUGAAAAUCCAUUGACAGCUAAAUUAAUUUUUUUUGCAGUAACUCUACACACCUUAACACUUUCUAGCCUAAUUCUCAACCCUUUGUUUGUCGUAUUUCAUUAUUCCAUUGACUUCCAAAUGAUGAAAGUUCCAUACAUAUAUGAAUAAAUAUGCUUAAAAACAUGUGCCGCAGAAUCACGUGAACGUGAAAAUAUAAAAAA